UGAUUUACAAUGCCAGAUAUUUUACAGGCAUCUGUGAUUGUUACCAAGGAUAUGCAGAAGACGACUGUUCAAUUCCGCGUUCGUUUGUUAAAAUUGAGAGAGUCGCUGGAGAUGGAGUCUGUGACAAGAAACAGGCCGACUGUACUUGUAUAUUGCUAACCACUUCAGGAUCUCUGGCUGAUUCGCUAUACACUGCUAUUCAUUCUGAGGCUACAUCCGAUGGUUCCUGGGAGAUAAUUGCAACGUUUCAAGGUCAGGUUGACUACAGAAAUCCUUAUGAAGUCAUGUUUUGUCCGAAUGUGAAUAGAAGAAGGAAAAGAUCAACUAGCGGGAAUAUGUACAUAGCUGAUCAGUAUGUUAUAUCCCUGAGCAAUGAUGACUCCACAUUUGGAAAUAGCUCCACAGUUUAUGUAUUGGAUUCUACUUGUCUUCAAAUCAAUCAAACAAAUGGAACGGACAACAUUGUACUUAUGACUGGAUAUUGCAUCAUCGAAGGUGUUUGUUACGCCACAAGUAUUUCCAGUCCAUCAGAUUCCUGCAUGGUAUGCAACGACUCGGUAAAUCCUUUUGGAUGGACAAACAACUAUGCCAAAGAUGAGUGCAGUGAGAGUGAAGCCGAGGAAGAUGAGACAGAUACUGACGAUACUGAUAAUAUCAAGUUGGUCUUGCUUGUUGCACUCCCACUUUCUGGCCUUGUCCUGAUAACAGUCCUCAUUGCUGUUAUUGUAAUAAAGAAGAAAACCUCACCCAGAGUUGUAUCGACUCCAGACGCUGGUGGAGGCCUGUACGAUAUGCCGAGGAACGAAAAAUUCAACCUUCGAAAGCAGGAAGCGUGGACUUAGAUCAAGUCUUUUAAGAAUAAAAACCUUCUGCAAUAACAUUGUGUUAGCGGAAACAUUCAAAAGCAC